AGUCACGCAGCGGCCCGCCAGUGUAGGAGUAGGAGCUGUGUGGUGUGAGGCGCGUGUGUGAGUGGCGUGGCGCGGUGUGGUGUGCCGAAGCGGGGCGCCGUUGCUGCCGGCAGCGGCAAUGUCUCCUUCCCAGCCUGGUGGCGAACUGAAUCACAGUUGCCUCAGCAGCCCCUUCGUGCCUGAAGAAACCGGCCUUCGCAUACACUCCGGAGAAUAAAGUGUUCAUCGUACGACGUUUCCCGAUGCAUCAAACACUAAUGGCUGCGACGCUGUGUGUGUGAACAAAACAGUGUUUCCGCGACAGUGCUGAGUCCUGCUGACGUAACAAUAAGCGUAACACUACUUGCCAGGACUGUUAAAACGCUAGAAAUUUCUGUUCCCUAUUUCACAUAUAAAUAUGAGAGUCCGUGUGCCUUAAGUUAAAGGAAUUUCUUUUUUUUUAUCAUCGCGUACAUAAAAUAAGUGUAACUUUCCGUGUGUACUUACUAGGAUUUCUAAACAGAGUUUUUCAGGAUCAGAGCGCGGUGCGUUAAGUGUGGUGACAGCGCAGACAAUUGUGAAAUACGAGUGGUUUAGCAGACCCGCAGAAAUUACAUUUUGUCUGUGGCUGUGAGCAGGUGACGCAAAGCUCGGUCUGUGUGUGCCAACGGAACGCUGCAGAUUGAGGUCAGUGAUUUCGGAAAUUGGGUCGGAUGUGACGCAGCGUCCUUGCUUAGUGCGUGUGUACAUGAAUAUUGCGCCGGGCGCGUGAAGGAUAUACCGCCAGAAACGCACAAAAUAUUCGACAAGUGGCAAGGAUUGUUAUCCCUAAUGCUGAUGCACGACCCAUGUCAACAGUCAUCGCUGAAAAUGCGGGGCUUGGCCCAUGUGACCUCCAGGACCCUGUGUGGGUCAAGAUGAGCGCUGCCGUCACUGGAGGCGCCAGUAAGAAACGCAAGAAAACUGACACCAAGUCCAGCGCCCAGGUUACGAAGUGCCUUAAUGAGAAGAGACGACGUGAUCAAGAGAACACAUUCUAUGAAGAGCUGGCUGAGCUGAUUGCUGCCAGCUUUGCUGACAUGAACUCACUCUCUGUGAAACCGGACAAGUGCGCCAUCCUCCAGGAAACUGUAACCCAGAUACGCCGAAUUAAGGAACAGGAGGGUGCGAGCAGUGAUGCCAUUCAGCAGGGUGAAGUUUCAUCAUCAAAGCCUACUAUUCUAGCUAAUGAAGUACUUGGUCCACUACUGCUGCAGGCUCUUGAUGGAUUUUUAUUUGUUGUGAACAAAGACUGCCAUGUGGAGUACGUCUCGGAGAAUGUGGAGCAGUUUAUUAAGUACACCAAGGAAGAUAUUCUUGGGAAAAGUAUUUAUAAUUUCAUGCAUGUGGGAGACACAACACGUUUCAGUUCCAUACUUUUGCCAAUUACUUCCACAGCUUGGUCUGGCGAACAUCAACCUCACAGGAACCGUACAAUUAACUGCCGCUUGUUAAUCAAACCCCCAGAUGAUGCUGAUGAAACUAUGGAAGAGAAACAACAGCGUAUAAGCAAGUAUGAGUAUAUGCAGAUCUCAUCUACUUUGCUUCCGUAUCCAAGUGAUCGUUCUGAGAGUGGUGACCUGAGUGAGUCAAUUGAUAGUAGCCCGUGUCUUAUGUGUGUUGCUCGUCGUAUACCACAAAAUGAAAAAUCUCUCCCCAACGCAGUUGAACAGUUCAGCAUGAAGCUUGAUGUGCAUGGCAAAAUAGUAGGAGUUGACACAACAAAUAUUUCACCUAGUUACUCGCAGUUUUUAAACAAGGAUCUGGCAGGCCGUGUCAUACAGGAUCUUUGCCAUCAGCAAGACUUGCAGAAGCUGACAAGUCAUUUAAGGGAGGCUGUGCAAACUGGUCACAAUACAAGUAAAAUAUACAGACUACGUGUGAAGACUCCUGAUAAGUACAUUCAAGUCCAGACAAAAUCAAGGCUAUUUCAGAACCCUAAUGACCAGGAGGAUUUCAUCAUGGCAACACACUCUAUUAUUGGAGACUCUGAGAACCCUCUUCCGGAGUGUGGCCACCUCUCCAACUCUCCGCGUUCGGCGACGUCAGCUGGACAGGGAAACCCCAGCUUCGGCACUUCACCUAGUGACGGUAAUGGUUCAGUUGGAGGACCACUUAUGAGCAGUGCUGUGAACGGUCAAGUAAGUGCGGUAGGAAGUGUGGGUGGGCGUACAAACUCCAGUGGGUUUGGCAGUGUUACGAGUGAUGCGAACAGUCCCGCCUACCACACGUAUUCCACUGAAAUCGGCCUCAAUGACUUUGACUUUUUCCCAAGUUCUACUUGGGAUAUAGUAGGUGGAGGAGAAACGAGUCCUGACGGUAGCAGUGUCAACGCAGCCCAGUCCGGAUGGGACCGCCGGCCCGAUUCGCGACAGAGCCAGAGCUUGACACCCGUAUCGACCCCAAAUCCCCGUCCACCGAGUGGUGCGGGAUAUAGUCCAUCUGGUGGUGUGUGCGCUAGCCCACUGAACCCGUAUGUCCACCAAACCAGCCCCGCUGCAAGAGUCUCCACUCCUGCUCACCCAUUUGCUAACUCGUUUCCUUUCAGCCCCCUGCAGGAGCAGGGGCCAGACGGAAGUUUCUGCUCUGACGGGACAGAAGAAUCGAAAUCCGGGGUGCAAGAGUCUGCUAAUGUAAAUGGCAGUUCUGACGGAGGUUCGGCCCCGGGGGACUCUGGUCGCAGACUUCGAAACCUUCUGCUCACAAAGCGUCAGAGUACGAGUGCUGAUGAAGUGAGUACUGGAGAUGCAGGAGGGCAAGUUGGUGAUGUUGACGUAAGGAACAGGCACCGAAUUCUGAAGGGUCUGCUCAAUCAGGAUGAUGAUGAAGAUGCCCGUAGUGAUGAGGUACCAGCUGGUGCAGGAGCAGCUGGCCGAGGAUCUGUUGGUGGAAGACUUCAGGCAGAUGCUCCUAGGAUGUCGGGUCAUAGUUCUACUGGCAACAACAUGCUGCUGAAGCUGCUCAAUGAGAAGAGUGAUGAUGAUGAUUUAGAGAAGAGAGCUGGUUUGAAGAAACAGAAUGAACUGCUGCAACAACUACUAAAAGAACAAGAUGAAGAGAGCAAACCUCAAGUAGGGCCUGAUACUGGUCAGCAUCGUGAUGAUGACCCUCUGCUUGAGAGCCUCGGUUUCCGCAACCCUUCUCCAUCUCCACCUUCUGGGGCAGGUGUGGGUGUUGAUGUCACUGGCAGCUUGACAGUAUCAUCACUGAUUGGAGGACGCAAACGGCCGAGUGAUGACGGAGAUGAAUCGGGAGUUUCGUCUGCAAAGAUGCGGCUUGGUGGACCUUCUGGAGCUCCUCCGGGAGUGUCGAGAAGUGGCACUGCAGCUGGGACGAGCAAGUUGUGGGAACGCAACAAAAUGCUUGCAUCGCUUUUGGCAAAAGAACCAUCGCAACCAGCCACCAUCCCACCUAUACCUGCUUCUGUCAUCUCGGCUACACCACAGGAGAUACUACCACGUGUCAGCAAGCCUCAAACUCCCAGCUGGCCAAGUGGAAAUGUGCAACCUCCUUCCUCGACUGCAGCUACUGCACGGCCAACACAACAGGUAACUGAUGUGUCAAGGCAACAGGUUCGGCCACAGCCUAACAGGCCUAGUGCCACACCAUUCCUCAACCAGAUGCUCACGCAGCAAGAUCAUCAACAAAGUAACAUGCUGCUGCAACAGAGUAUACAGCAGCAAAAAGUUCAGCAACAGCCAUCGCAACAACAACAGCAGCAACAACAGGCACAGCAACAGCAAGUGCAGUCAUCUCAGCAACAGGCACAGCAGCAGGUGCAGCAGCAGCAACAGCAACAGCAGCAGCAGCAGCAACAAGUGCAACAACAGCGUGGGCAACUGAACCAACUUGAAAGUAGUUUCAAUAUCCCGGUAUCAGGAGCCACAACUGUAGAUUUUCGAUCCGUCUCUGGAUCUGGUGUCAGUAGUCCCAGUACAUGGGAUAACCAGUCAUCAGAUCCCGUUUUAUCUGAUCUGCUGGACCAAGUUAUUGAUAUUGUGCCUGAUGAUUCAUCUGCCAUCAUGAAUAUGUUGGAUGCAAUGGAAUCAUCACCUAAUAAUAGUGGGUACCAGCAAGGUCUGAAUGAGAAAAUGGCUAUUCAUGCCAUUCAGAAAUCUCUCAUGUUAUGCGAGUCAGCAGUGAAGAGUCCUUCUUCCCCGACUGUAUCUCUGCCGGGGACACCUCCAACAUAUGCUGCCUCAACGAUGUCAAAUCAGACUCCUCAGCAGGGCAGCUUCCCACCUCCACCUGUGUAUCAGAGGCCCAGAUUUGGACUGCCAGCAGGUACUACUCCUGUGCCUGGGAGACCAGGUGCACCUCAGUAUGGGAUUGGAGUUCUAAAUCAGCAGGCACUGAUACAACAGAGAAAGAUCCUCCAGCAGCAGCAGCAGAAGCAACGGUUGCUACAGCAACAGCAACAGCAGCAGCUUCUGAUUCCCUCCAAUGCCACUGCAGAUCAGUUGCCCACUGGUCUGCAAAAUAUAGACAGCCUCCUUAAUAACACUGUAGCACCUAAUGUAUCAUUGCAGAGGUCUGCCAGUGUUCCUGAUUCGCAGCUCUCUCCAAACUUUGGAGGCCAGGUUCUGAACAGCGCAGCCUCUCAGAUCUCCCCUGGACAACGACUCAACCAACAGCCAUAUUCACCUCACUCACAACUGGCUUCACCACUUGGACAACAGCAGGUUUUCUCCCCUGUCAGUACGGGCAUGAACAGCUUCAGUAGUGGACAACAAGCUGCGCAGUCACGUCUUUCCCCUCACCCACCAACUGGUCUGCCUUCAUUUCAGCAGUCUCAGCUCUCUCCUAGAAUUUCCCAGGGCCAGCCAGGAUAUCCAGUCCUCACACAAGGUACUCUUGCCCAGUCUCCACAGGGUCAGCAGACCGUCAGCAGCUGGUCACAGGCAGCAUCAAGGUUAAGCCUGCAGCAGCAGCAGCAGCAGCAGCAGCAACAACAACAGCAACAGCAACAGCAGCAGCAACAGCAGCAGCAACAGCAACAACAACAGCAGCAGCAACAGCAACAACAACAGCAGCAACAGCAGCAGCAGAACCCUGUGCUUAAUGCCCAACUUUCUCAGGGCAACUAUGGAACUGCAGGGCGGCCAUUUGGUCCUCAACGGCAGCAACAACAACAGCAACCAUCGCAACAGCAGCAGCCCCAACAAUUGCCGCCAGUGCGAUCAUUGGCUAGUCCUGGAGGGGCUGUGGUUGGUCCACGGCAAUCACCCUAUCAGGCUGAACAAUUUCCCCCACCCAGUUCUCCAGGAACGACGACAGGUUUCCAGGCACAGGGCCAGUUUCCACAACAACUUCGGCUGCAGAGGACAAUUAGUGCUCCGUCUGCCACGACUCAGCUUCCAGGUGGAGUUAACCAUUCGCGGCUUUAUGGAACGAAACAAGAACUUCCGCACCCUGCGCUUUCCCCGAGUGAACCCGUGUCGCCGCACCCGUUUCACCCUCAUGGGCCACCCUUGCCUGACCCGCAUCACCACCAUCCACAUCCUCUGUCUCACCCGCAUCCACAUCAUCACCACCACCACAUUCCUCAUCAUCAACAGCAGCCACAACCACAGCACCACAAUCCCCAUCAACCAUCCCAGCACCACCCGGUGAUGUACCAGGCGCAACCCCGGCCACCACCAGACUCCCAGUUUUGUUACGACCAACCCAAUUUUCAAUUAUACGGGGCGAGCGAGCGGGGUCGACCCCAAGCCCACACGCCAACCAAUCACCAGCCGGGUGGUGGGGGAGGUGGAGGUGGUAACGGUGGCAUGACUUCAGAAUACGUGCGCCAGGAGUUGCGUGCAAUUGUAGGAGCCCGGCAGUCAAAUGGUGGCAGCAGUGGGGGUGUGGGAAUGACCGUCAGUGGGCAGCAGCGGCAGUUGCAGCUGGGUCCUGGCCAGUCUGUGUCUGCUGCAGACCUAGAGGCUUUUGGCUUUGUUUGUGAACCACCUUCUACAGGUACCAGUGACAGUCCUAAGCUAUGGGGUAGCAUUGGGUCAGAACUGAGUUCAGGUUCACCUCAGGCGGGCUUCUCUUCUUCCAGGAAUCCUACGGAGGAGUCUCCACGUCCAAGUGAUCAUAAAUCGUCCCUGCUCCAGAAAUUGCUGUCGGAAUGAAAGCAUGGUCAGAGCGGUGAAGAUAGACUCAGGGAGACAUGAGGUGCUACAAUCCGAGCCUUGACGUGUGAGUGCGGAUUUCUAAGUGUUUAUCGCGCACUGCCACAUGUUGGCUGGAGGCACAGUUCCACAGCAGAUUGCUGGGUGGGGAAAAGUGGAGUAGAGGAGUGCUGGAGAACAGGAAAAGACAAAAGUGCUCUGUUUACUGAUGCUCAACGGAAGCAGUGAAGCAGGAAGAGAAACGUGUUCACCCAAGCAUUUUUAUUUGCUUUAAUAAAGUGCAUUGGUAUUGAUUAGUUCUAUUUUAAUAUUUUUUCUCAUUAAGAAAUCAGUGACUGUUUUUAUGAAAUAAAUUUGUAUAUUGAGAGUCAGAAAUUAGAAAUAAUACUGCCACACUGUAUUACAAAGGUGUACAUCAAGCCUUCCGUGCUGCACUCUUCCAUUUUUGUGCCCUUCCCCUUCACCCUUAAAAAUAUAAAUAAAUGAAAGAAAAAAAUAUUUUAAUCUUAAAAUCAGUGUAUGUCUGUGACUGGCUGUCAUCUUCUGAAUGUUUGCAGUGCACAGUAUUGUUUCAGUGAAAAAUAUUCAUGUCUAACAUGUGCAGCCCAUGAAAGAUGUAAUGUGAACCAUUUCUAUGCCUUGACCAGUUUCAAAAUAUGUUUCUUUUAGGAAUAUUAUAAUUUUCUGACACUAUAAAAUGCAAAGGGCAUAACUUCUUGGAACAUUACUUUUAUCUUUAUUAUUACUCAAUUGGUAAAAGUAAUUUAAGUCUCGUUUUUUUGGUGUUGGUAGCAGUGAUAAAUUUUAUCAUCAUGUUUUCUUUGUAAGUGCUACUUUAGGCAGUUCACUGAUCAGUUGGGCUCUAGAUCAAGUGCACUGACAUAAAUGGGUUGCAUUUGUUACAGACAUGUGAAAAUUAUUUUUUGUACUGGCAAUUUACGGUACUAUUUAAGGAAAACUCCAGUUUUGUUUAUUGUUUCAUAAAUUUCUGUAAAUUAAAUUGUGUGUGCAACACUUAUCAUUUUUGGUUAACAGAAGGUUUAAAUAAAGUCACAUACUGCUUGUUAAUUGCAAGGGGGAAAAUUGCCUAUACUGUGCAUAUACUGUGGCUUUUAUUUUGGGGUAAUCAGUUAUGAGGCGUAGUUUUAUUUAACUCUGUCCAGAGGCAUUGACCUGUUGAUUAAUGUUAUUCCCUAUGGUUUUAUAAAUAGAAGUUGCUAUGCGAUAACAGCAACAAUACUUUUAUAAUAAAAUAAUUUAUUUAUUUGCAUCAUGUUUCACUUUCUGUAAAUAAGUACUUUGUUGAGCCUUUCUGUGAUUUACAGUGGAAUCCACAGUUCUGUAGCAAAUGGCAUUAUACCAAAUGAGUUUCAGACAUGGGUGUUGACAUUUCUUUGAAGAACGUAAUUAAUGCAUUUAGUUUUGAAAGUUUUACCUUUGAUUCAUCCAUGGGGAAAAGGCAAAUUGAAGCAUAAAUUAAUUUUGUGAAGAAAUGUUAAACUUUUUACUAUAUAUGUCUCUCAAGAUUUUAUAUGAACUCAUCACAUUUAGAAAUGAACUAUUCUGUGUAGUGUGUUAAAACUAAUGUAGCAGUUUCAUACUUGUCAUUAUUUGUUGUCUUAAUAACUGUAAUCCCACUACAAAUUUCAGCACUCUCCCUUUCCCUUUUCUACGGCAUCCUCAAGCUCUUGCUGUUGGAAAGUCUGUUGUUAUGUGAUGAUGAAGUACAAAGUUGUUUGUUACAGUUAUUCUGUGUGUUAUUCUGCACUCUUGCUCUUCAAAAUUGCAGCAGAUAGGCACAUGUAGAUUAAAAUGUGUGGUUUUUCCACCAUAUUUUUAAACACUUAGGAGUUGAUGUAGAUGAUGGAACUGGGAAACUCUGUGACAUUUUGUCAAGAGUGUAUUUUUCUGUGAGCAAAUGUGCAAUUAUCUUUUGUACUUGAGGUUGUGAACUAUGGACUGAGGGAGUUUAGCCGCACUGUUCUGCUGAAACUGAACAACAUUUCAUGGUAACAAUGCCUCUGCAGCAGUUGUUUUUGUUGUUAUUGUUGUUGUUGUAAUUAUGAAACCAAAGCAUGAAUGUAAAUGGUGUACAGAAGAUUUAGAUAAAAUAAGGGUAUGUAGUUAGAAUUUGGGAAACCUUCACCUUUCUCCCCCUAUCCUAACCAUCUCACGUGCCUAAUCCUCCCCUCUCAUUCUGCAACUCUCUUUGUUUCACACUCUCUUUUCCUGUUUGUUGAUCUCUCUUUGUCUUUCUGUCUAUGUCUUUAAGCUUAGGAAGAUAAGGGAUUCGUCUACAUACCGAAGAUAGUCAACAAAACAACUGAACUGCACCUGUAGAUGUUGACAAUAGGUAGGCUGUUUCAGAUAGAUGAAGAAUCACCUACAUCAGAAUGUAAAUUUGGUUAAUAUUUUUGUAUACAUAUUCUUGAAACAGUCCAACACCAGUGAGUCAGCUCAGUGUGCGGAAGAUGUUAUUUUUACUCGCUCGCUUGGUUGUUACUAGCUGAGCACAUGCGUGUAAAAAGAGAUUGCUGUUUAUAACUUUAUGUGUAAUUACAAUACGUAUUAUUCUUAUUAUUGCAAAUAAUGAUAAAAAUAAUAUUGUAAACUCCUCUUUCAUAACUUGGUUAUAUGUAAUUGUUCAUUUUGUGUUGUGCAGGAAAGUGGCAUGAAAUAAGAGUGCCCCUUUCAGCAGAAUGUACUUUGGAUUUAUUAAAGAGAAAAGUUGAUAUUUAAUUACUAAAUGGAGAAUAUAUAAAUAUGUACAUAGGAAUUAUUUACCUCGGUUGCAUCAUGUGUACACUGCUUUCGUGCAGUAUUUCGGUUACUCUUCUCUGUUAUUAGGAAUUGCUUCCGUGGUUGCAUUCACUGUCCUUAUAUUGUUAUAAAUUUUCCUCUGUUAGUUAAUGUGUUAAAAUAUUUUCCCAUUGUGUUCACAUCCCAUGAGGUGUCAUUUCCAUUCUGGUCAAUUUUAAUUCAACUUUUCUGGACAUGUGAUUUAAAUGUGUGCACGCACACGUGUAACAUUAUUUGAAGUUCCUGUAGAUGAUUUGUACAUACAUGUUUUUAUUUUUAAAAGUGCUGUUCUGUAGUGAAAAAAAAGAUUAUUUACCAAAAUUGAUUUUUAAAAGUCUAAUUUGAGAUGAGCUCAUUUAGAUAUUACUUUGUUACCUGGCAUUGUAAACCUGAUGUGUAUGCUGUUUUGUAUAUGAAUUUCUUGAAACAGUACUCAUGUUUUUAGUUUUUGCAAGACAUAUGUAGAGAGGCCAAGGAAAAGACUUUCUGCAGUGGGAUUUUUAUUAGUUAUUAUUAAUAAAUUUGAUAACAAUAAAGUAUUGUUUUUCAAAUAAGA